AUGAGAAUAUAUAGUCUAUUCAUCUCAGCAUUUUGCAAUCUCUCACAAAUCACAAUUUCCCCCAAAUUGAAGAAGCAGAUCUUCGUGAAAACCCUAACCGGGACGAUCACUCUCGUCGUCGAGAGCUCCGAUACAAUCGACAGCGUCAAGGAGAAACUUCAGGAUAAGGAAGGAGUUCCGCCGGAUCAGCAGCGGUUGAUCUUCGCCGGAAAGCAGCUCGAGGACGAAAAAACCCUAGCUGAUUACAGCAUUCAGAAGGAAUCCACUCUGCACCUGGUGCUGAGGCUUCGGGGAGGUAUGCAGAUCUUCGUCAAAACACUGACGGGAAAGACGAUCACUCUAGAGGUGGAGAGCGAUUAUAUGAUUGAUAAUGUGAAGGAGAAAAUUCAGGAUAAGGAGGGGAUUCCGCCGGAUCAGCAGAGGCUGAUCUUCGCCGGCAAGUAG